UCUCCACCUCGCCCCUGUCGACUCCAUCCUAUUCUUCAACUCCAACCAGUCCGCAUUGUAGCCCAUCCGCGACCGAGGAAGCCCAUCCCCAGCUUGACUGUACAACAGAGUCAUGGACACUCCAUCAGAAUCUAAUUUUCCGGACCAAAGUGCUUUCCAUUAUGAUUAUGACACGCUACGGACCACGGGUGUCAUCCUCGGGGUCGUCAUGUUCGUGUCGGGGAUUCUUAUAGCCCUCACCAUGUGGAAGGAACCCAGGUACCCAAGACAGAAGUGCCUCCUCAGACGGUGUGAGAGAGGACGUGAGCGUCAGCCAUGUAGGGAGACGCUCCAACAGCUGAUCAAGGCAAAUCUAACUUACACUGAGUGCAUGGUAACCAGCAUCUCCACAACGUGCAGCCUUCUAUUCCAGGCUAAUUUCUUCCCCGAAAAGAAUCCAUUUGUUUGUAUAGGACACAAUGUAGGCCACUGCAGCACUGGUAGCUUAUAUCUGUACUGGUUUGGGGGUUUUCAGUUGGGUCGCUUUCUGCCUCAAGACGUAGCAAAAACGUAGCAGUCAGGCUUCACUGUAUAUAUUUAUCGUCAAUAUUCUCUGUCUCCAGAUGACCCAAACAUCCUGCUAAUUUGUUUCAGAUAAAGGUAGUAAUAAGAAAGAGUGGCCUGUAUGGAGUCCCCGCGGCUAGAUCGGUGUUAUAUAAUCAGACAUGCAUAGCCGGCUGGGUGGAGGGAAAGAGAAAAGGGGAAGUCAAAUGGUGAGAGUACUUGAGGGGGAUUUUGGGUCUCUCCUUCAUCCUCCACUUUCCCACUGAUGACUGCAUGACCACACCCAAUUCAAGACGCUGUGUAAUAAUAAUAAUAAUGAUAGUAAAUAAAUAAAUUCAGAAUACCACCCCCACCACCCCCUAAACCUACAGUAUACCUCCAUUUUACUUCCAUGGAAAAGGUUUGUUCUUCACUGAAGAGAAAUUGACUACUUGAGUGGUUUAACGUUGGCACAGUGCUAAUUUUGUUCAUUUACAAACAACGGCUAUAGGCUACAUGUUAAGUUGUCAUUGUUUGCCAAAAGAUUUUCCUCUGUGACAUUUACUAAGAGAAGGUUGAUGCACCUUUAUUGUUUCAAUAUUUAAUAUAUAAAAGUCUGUUUGUGAUGCACACCGGUGUUAUGGUGUAAAUAGCUAAUCUUUCUUUUUUUGUUAUGUAAUGAUGACUGAAUAAACUAUAUACAGAAUUACAGAA